CGCGUUUUCAGGAAGCGAUACUAAAUGGAAUGUCUGCCUUUCCUCCACGUGAGCCACCAUCGAAGCACCACUACGCGCAGCAAGAACAAAUCUGCUGCUAACGAUAAGUGUAUAACGUCACUGUGAGAAACAGCGGAGAGCUCGCUCUGGACCAUAAAGUAACUGCCGUGCAGAGACGGCGGAGCGGAUCAGUGUAGUCUGUGUUGAAUGACACCUCUGAUGUGUGAUUCGAUUCGCUCUUGGGGAAGACCACAUGCUAACCAGUUUGCUAACAGCUGUCUGCUGUUGAUGAGAGAGCAGCAUGAUGGACGGAGAAUAAGACCGCGCACAAAAUGGCACCAGUAUGAUUUCUCUCAUCAUCCCUCCCAAGGAUCAGAUCUCGCGUGUGGCGAAGAUGUUGGCCGAUGAGUUUGGCACAGCCUCGAACAUCAAGAGUAGAGUCAACAGACUGUCUGUGCUGGGAGCCAUUACCUCGGUACAGCAGAGACUCAAACUGUACAACAAAGUGCCUCCCAAUGGCCUGGUGGUGUAUUGUGGCACCAUAGUGACAGAGGAAGGCAAAGAGAAGAAAGUCAACAUUGACUUUGAGCCUUUUAAACCAAUCAACACAUCUUUGUAUUUAUGUGACAACAAGUUCCACACUGAGGCUUUAACAGCGCUGCUGUCAGACGACAGUAAGUUUGGCUUUAUUGUGAUUGAUGGUAGUGGUGCCCUUUUUGGGACUUUACAAGGAAACACGAGGGAGGUGCUGCACAAGUUUACCGUGGACCUUCCCAAAAAACAUGGUAGAGGAGGUCAGUCUGCUCUGCGAUUCGCACGUUUGAGGAUGGAGAAGAGACAUAACUACGUGCGUAAAGUAGCAGAGACUGCUGUACAACUGUUUGUGUCCAAUGAUAAGGUCAAUGUGGCAGGACUGGUGCUCGCCGGAUCAGCUGACUUCAAAACGGAGCUCAGCCAGUCAGAUAUGUUUGAUCCGAGAUUACAAGCAAAGGUUCUGAAGUUGGUCGACAUAUCGUAUGGAGGAGAAAAUGGAUUCAACCAGGCCAUUGAGCUCUCGGCAGAAGUGCUGUCUAAUGUUAAAUUCAUCCAAGAAAAGAAACUAAUUGGCCGAUAUUUUGAUGAGAUCAGUCAGGAUACAGGGAAGUACUGUUUCGGAGUUGAAGACACACUCAAAGCGCUGGAGAUGGGAGCAGUGGAGAUUCUAAUAGUUUACGAGAAUCUAGACACCAUGCGUUAUGUCCUACGUUGUCAUGGGGAAAACACUACACCGGAAAAUGAUGAAAAGGUACUUUACCUGACACCAGAACAGGAGAAGGACAAGUCACAUUUCACUGACAAAGAGACGGGUCAGGAGCAUGAGCUGAUCGAGAGCAUGCCGCUGCUUGAGUGGUUCGCCAAUAACUACAAGAAAUUUGGGGCCACGCUGGAAAUAGUUACAGACAAGAGCCAGGAGGGAUCACAGUUUGUGAAAGGCUUUGGAGGCAUCGGUGGAAUUUUGAGGUACCGGGUGGAUUUCCAAGGCAUGGAGUACCAGGGAGAUGACGAUGAAUUCUUUGAUUUAGAUGACUACUAGGUAGUCGGGACUGACACAAAAGAAAUUUCAAAAAUAAGAUUCCCCCCUCACAUACCCCGCAAACGGCAGGGGAGCGAAGGAAAUUGAAUCAGCAGGAGGGAGAAUACGAAUUUGAAAAGAUGGCAGAUGUUUCCCUGGCUGUAGAAAUGCAGUGAUUACAUCUCUGGACUGGGAGAGACAGAGUUUUCUCCACUAAAUACCGGGUCAUCGCAACAGCAUGGCCAUGGUCGGUCUGCCUGUCCUGCCUCAGCUCUUCACAACACACACUAGGCUUUCAGAUCUACUUUUUCUUCCAUUCUAAUCUCACUCCUUUCAUCCUUUUACCUCUCCUUUUAUAAUGGCAUCUGCUGCUGUUGUAUUUUAUUGAAAAUGUAUUAUAUUUUCUCUUAUUCAGUGUAUGAAGAAAGCAGUAGCGAACGAUUAGAUCUGUACUGCUUACAUAGCCACCUCAAGCCCAUUGCUAGGCCUGCAUUUAAUUUCCUGGUUAGCCCAGACAUGAUUUGUUGCCUUGUUUCUGCUGUAAACCAGUGUGGUGGUGGUGAUGCACUCUGAGCCAGCAGUACACCUCCCAUCGUAUUGUUCCCACGUUUAGGCGUUUCUUGCCCUCAAGUGGACCAUUAUAGUAACUGGACCCACCUCCCUGUGCUCCAGCAAUUCCUCCACGAAGACCUUGAACCGUCUUUCUCCAUACAUUUCCCUCACUUGUUUUCCUCAGCCCCCAGGAGAUGCAAAUUCUCAAAAUAAACUAUAUAUGAGUGCCUGAAUUUUGCAGUUUGAGAGACAUGACAGCACAGUGUACCUGCGUCUGGACCCUAACUUCAACACAACAUAAAAUCUUAGCUCGACCCUUCAGCACUCAUUGGUGGCUUCUUUGCCAGCAGAACACAUGCAUGGAAAUUGUCAGUUUGGAUCGUUUUAGGGGUGGGGGUUACUGUGAUAACUGUGAUGCGUGAGUGAGUAUAUGUCAGUUUGGCUGUUUAAUUCCCUUUUAGAAGUCAAAUCUUCUGAGCCUGUGGUCAACCACACAAAGCUCUAAUUUGUUUUUGCCCAGUUGUAACAACAGAUUGGUUUUAGAAGAAAGGUAAUGCAAGUAAAUGGCAUUUUGGACCUUCAAUAAUUGUGGCAUGGUUGGUGUUCUGGCACCUACAAAAAUAAACCGGAACUAGAAAACCCAAUAAUGUAAAAGGGGGAAAACAUUAAAGACCCACAAUAUUUUAA